GAAUAGGUGCCCUCAUGCUCUGUUAUUAUGGCUGUAUCAGUAUAACAAUUUACUUAAAUGGUGGUGGUUUUCUGCUCAUCUACUUCGCCAUCCAGUGUACGUCUCAUCUCUUUCUUGUCCUUUCAGAUCUUAAUAAAUCACCAUCUCCCACCGGUUUCUGCCUAGCUGGAUCUUCUCUCUUUCAAUCCUAUUGCUCUCUGGUUUUCUCUAUUUCUCCGCCUCUCUUUGUCUUAGUCAAAUCUCACCAAUUCCCACCAAACAAAGGGUGUCCAUACUUUUUUUUUUCUCCUGGACCUUUGUAUUUAAUCCUUUUAAGCAAAACCCUUUUCUCAAAUCCCUCAAGUUUUAGCAGAUAGACAAGAGCAUAUACGCAAAGAAAUGGAGGCAUGUUUUAUUGAUAAACUCAAGGAUCAGCCUUUAUGGUUUCUUGUGCUGUUCUUUCUCGGUUCUUUAUCACUUUUGAAGCUCUUCUUCGCUGUCCUCAAAUGGGUCUAUGUCAACUUCCUUAGACCCGCCAAGGAUUUGAAGAAGUACGGAUCGUGGGCUCUGGUAACCGGACCUACUGACGGUAUUGGUAAGGCUUUCGCUUUCCAGUUGGCUCGAAAGGGUCUCAAUCUGGUCUUAGUGGGUCGAAAUGCCGAUAAGCUCAAAGAUGUUUCCGAUUCUAUUCUGUCUAGGUACAGUAAAGUUCAAAUCAAGACCGUUGUUGUUGAUUUCAGUGGCGAUAUUGAUGAUGGUGUUAAGCGGAUUAAGGAGACUGUUGAAGAUUUAGAUGUUGGUGUCUUGAUUAAUAAUGUUGGGGUUUCAUAUCCAUAUGCGAGGUUUUUCCAUGAGCUCGAUGAGGAAUUGUUGAAGAAUUUGAUUAAGGUAAAUGUGGAAGGUACUACUAAAGUAACACAAGCUGUUUUGCCCGGGAUGUUGAAGAGGAAGAAAGGUGCUAUAGUUAAUAUUGGUUCUGGUGCAGCUAUUGUUAUUCCUUCUGACCCUCUCUAUGCAGUUUAUGCUGCUACUAAAGCGUAAGCAUUCUUUUACC